AUUACGUUAACCCGUCUCCAAGGUCCACGGCGAGUUAAGCCCAGAGGAAAAAGACAAAAGGAAAAAAAAAACAGAGACGACAAACGAGUCGCGCGCCACCGCGGGAGGCGUACGGCGCACCGCCCGGCCGCCGGAUCUGCGCCGGCGACGCUUCCGGACGUCGGAUCCCCGCCGUAGGAGUUAUAGGAGGGCGGUGCUCCGGCCAUUUACCGCCCGCGAGCGCCCAGAUCCGUCCCGCCGGGUAUAUAUAUCAAUCAAUGGUUAGAUAGAGUGCUUCAUGUUGAUGCAGAGCUGGUGAAGACAUCUUCUCUGUAGACUACUGGCAAUUGCUCUGUGGCGAGUUGCCUAUUUGCUUGCUUCUCUGGUGGAGCACAUUAGAGGAGAAAGAAGAUAAAGGCAGCUCCUUUCAGCCCUUCUGUGCCCAGGGACUUGGAUUGUCCUGUGCAGACACAGAUGGCUGUUGCAGUCCUGGAUCGGAGCUUCAGCAGUGAAUAUCCUGGAGGUAGCAGCACUGAGGGGAGACCACUGAGCUGGAAGAGAGUCUUUGUCCAAACUGACAAUGGUUCUGUCCUUGGCAUAGAGUUAGAGAGGGGGGAAAAUGCACAGACUGUGAAAAAAAAGCUGCAGAUAGCCCUCAAUGUUCCCACAGAUGAGAGCUCACUGACCUUUGGUGAUCUGGUUCUGAACAAUGAUCUUAGCAGUAUUCGCAAUGACUCACCGUUGCUUCUCAAAAGGAAUCAGAUACACCGAAGCAACUCUACACCUUGCCUCUCUCCUACUGGAAAGGAUGUGUGGCAGCGAGACCGGAGUGGGCCCAUUGAAAUCCUUGGCUGCUCAAGCCCUUCCUCUCGGAUGAAGCAGCUUGCUAAGGAUGUUGUUAAAGCCAUAAAGAAUGGUGUUGACCCGGUAUCUGUUAACAGUGGGAUGGGUGGUGCCUACUACUUCAAGAAUAUCUGGGGCGAGCGUGUUGCAAUUGUGAAGCCAACCGAUGAGGAACCAUUUGCUCCCAACAAUCCAAAAGGUUUCGUGGGGAAAACUCUGGGACAGCCAGGCCUCAAAAGAUCUGUGCGGGUCGGUGAGACAGGGUUCCGAGAGGUUGCUGCUUACCUCCUCGAUCACAAUUACUUUGCAAAUGUUCCUCCAACUAUGCUGGUCAAGAUAACACACACUGUGUUCAAUGUGAACGACUGUGUUGGCUGCAAAACUAAAGUCUUCAGCAACAAAUCACCGGCUGUGAGCAAGAUUGCAUCAUUGCAGCAGUUCAUUCCUCAUGAUUUUGAUGCCAGUGACCAUGGGACUUCAAGCUUUCCUGUAUCUGCAGUUCAUAGGAUUGGCAUCCUUGACAUCAGAAUCUUCAACACUGAUAGGCAUGCUGGAAAUCUUCUGGUCAGGAAGCUUGGUCCUGGGGCUGACAAUUUUGGAGAGCAGACGGAACUCAUUCCUAUUGACCAUGGUCUUUGUCUGCCAGAAUGCCUAGAAGACCCUUACUUUGAAUGGAUCCACUGGCCACAGGCUUCCAUUCCUUUCACUGAGGAGGAGCUUGAAUACAUUGCAAAACUUGAUCCUGUUAAAGAUGCUGAGAUGCUCCGUAUGGAGCUGCCCAUGAUCCGUGAGGCAUGUCUCAGGGUGCUGGUGCUGUCAACAACAUUUCUCAAGGAAGCUGCAGCAUUUGGCCUCUGCUUGUCAGAGAUAGGAGAGAUGAUGAGCAGGCAGUUCACUGGAAAAGAAGAGGAGCCAAGUGAGCUUGAGCUGCUCUGCAUGGAGGCAAGGAAGUGGGUCGACGAAAGAGAACUCUUUCUUUCUGAUGAAGCCGGAGUUGAAGAAGGCGAUGAUGACUUCACCCAGUUCCCUCUUGACAGUGAUGAUGAUUCAGAUGCAUUUGAAGCACCAGCUUUCAGUAAGUUUGGGGCCAUGAAGGCAGGUUUCAGGAAUCCACUGUCCAAGUUAGAUGAGCGUGAUGAGGAUGAGGAUGGCACCUACACUACCAAGGAGGAUUCCGACACCUUGACCAGCACAUUGCCACUGCACUCAGGUGUUCCAAAGAGCAAGGUGACUGGUAAAACUAACUAUAUUGGCAAAGCUAGUGAGCAUCAGUCUGGUAGCAAGAGUGCAAAUGAGUUGCUCUCUCCCAGCGCCAGUUUUGUGAAGCUGUCGGACAUGGGCCCUCAUGAGUGGCGUGCAUUCCUCGAGAAGUUCCAGGAGCUGCUCCCGAGUGCUUUCCGUGCCCAAAAGCACACUGCUGGUGGCGGCCUGCGCCCUAUGCCGAGGCUGGGCACAUCUUGCCAGUUUUGAAAGUUGUAGAAGAGAAGCCACCAAGGUAAUGUAGUUCAAGACUUCGAGCUCAGGUAUGCAGCAGUAAUUGUGUCUGUUUGCGGUGGUAGCAGCAGCAGCUCUGUGCUUGUAGGUGUUUGGAGAAGAUAGAAGUGGUUCAAGAAUAUGACCGUCCUUGACAUAUGAGAUGAGUUCUUUUUUUUCUUCGUACAUAGUACCUUGCAACACCGGGCUCGAUCUCGGCCGUUACCUAAUGGUGGUGAGUGUGCUGGCAGUGUUUUGGCUUCGCCGCUGUACCAUUUUGGAGACGCUUACCAUAAUACGAACUACUACGGAUAUGCAUAAAUAUCAUCUGUCUAUAUCUGUAA